GUUUUGCCCCUCAGCGCGCCUCUUGGUGGCUUAGUUCGGUCGUCUCUGGCUGCUGGGGCCUGCGUCGUGGCGGUCUGAUGCCCUGGUGCUCCCCCACGGGCCGGGCCGGGCCGAGCGCUCUGGGGCGGGCAGGUUUUUAGCCCGUUUCUUGGUAAAGAUGGCAGCCAACAAUGCAGUGCUGAACAGACUGGAGCAGAAAGGUGCAGAGGCUGAUCAAGUUAUUGAAUACCUCAAGCAACAAGUUGCUCUGCUCAAGGAGAAAGCUAUGUCAACUCUAGUCUUGCAGGCAUCUCUCCGAGAAGAGAAGAAGCUCCGUGUAGAAAAUGCUAAACUGAAGAAAGAAAUUGAAGGGCUGAAACAGGAGCUGAUUCAGGCAGAAAUUCGAAAUGGAGUGAAACAGAUAGCAGUUCCUUCUGCUACAACCAUUUCUACAGCCUCGUUUUCAGAUAAUGUUCCACAACCUACAGAAGUCGCAUUGUCUCCUGAUUCCAAAGAUAAUAUUAAAGGUGAAGAUGAAGAAAAGAAAAAGAAGGAAAAAGCAGAAAAAAAAGGUGAAAAGAAGGAAAAGAAACAGCAGCCAGCUGCUGGAAAUAGUGAUGCAAAACCUGUAGACGUUUCUCGUCUGGAUCUUCGCGUUGGCUGCAUUAUUACUGCCGAAAAGCAUCCGGAUGCAGACGCUCUGUAUGUUGAAGAAGUGGAUGUUGGUGAAGCAAGCCCAAGGACUGUUGUCAGCGGUUUAGUGAAACAUGUUCCUCUGGAUCAGAUGCAGAAUCGGAUGGCAAUAUUGCUCUGUAACUUGAAGCCUGCAAAGAUGAGAGGAGUAGUAUCUCAAGCAAUGGUGAUGUGUGCCAGCUCCCCAGAAAAAGUGGAAAUUCUGGCUCCCCCAGCCGGGGCAGUACCUGGGGAUAGAAUCACUUUUGAAGGUUUUCCUGGAGAUCCUGAGAAGGAACUUAAUCCCAAGAAGAAGAUUUGGGAGCAAAUUCAACCUGAUCUUCAUACCAAUGACCAGUGUGUUGCUACGUACAAAGGAGUUCCGUUUGAAGUGAAAGGGAAAGGAGUCUGCAAGGCAGAAACCAUGGCAAACAGUGGAAUUAAAUAAAUAAAUGGUUAUUAGAAGCUUUUUUCAGAUAUUGAAAUGGAAAGUAAUACGAGCAAGCACAAUAAAAACCAUGAAUAUAUUACCCCUCUGAAA